AAUAGUUAAUUUUUAAUAAUUUAUUCUUUAAAAAAUUUAUAAUGAUUAAAAAAGUAUUAAUUUUGGUCAAUUUUUUUUCACUACCGGUGUCCAUGUUAUCUAUAUUUUCGUGUGUAAAUCAACAAAUAAAACUAAAAGACAGAAAUGAUGGUUUUUUACCAAGGUCAGUUAAUCAACUCUCAUCAUUGGCUCCCUAUGGAAGCGAUUCGCCUGAUAUACUUGCGCAAAUCGAUUUUGUUGACAAUGAGCGUCAUGACUUUUAUUUUAACCCAGUCGACGCUGAUUGGCAAAGUGCCAUUAGAGUCUUACACAAUUUUCAGAAACACAAAACUUAUGAACUUUUUAGUGGUGGAUCAUUAACUUAUCCAAAAAUAAUAAUAAAUACUAGUAAAAACGGAGAUUCAUUUUACAAAGCAAUAUCAUAUGCCAUCACUGGAACACAUGACUAUUACAAAAAUAUUAGAAAAAACUUAAGUUUGUUUCUGACAAACUAUACUAUUCCACCUGAGAAUCGAAUAUCAGUUUUGAUCAACUAUGUUAACGCAAGAAAUAUCCAAAAUGAUGGUGUUGAAGCUAAAAGUGUGGAAAUUUACGCGGCUGUUAAAUAUUUUAAUACGUGUAUAUUUGUUUAUAGUACAUUAAUUAGUGAAUGGAUAUUAUACAAUGAUCUAUGGCCAUUUAGUUACAAUAUGGAUCAUAACCAACAAUGUAUCUAUUUAAAUAAAGACGAUAAUGGUUUCUACAAUUUGGUUGUACAAGUUAAAGGGUAUUAAAGUAAUGACUAUUCAAAAAACUCAUGUAACAUACUGCAAUAUUCAGUUUGAAUUUAAUAAAAAUAUUUUUAUUACAUUAUUAAUUCUAUAAUAACAAUAAUAUAACGUAAAAAAUGUUUAGAAAUAAAUAAAUAAUUUUAUUAUAAAUUUAUUAAGUACGAUUAUUAAAUUAUUUUGGACAAUCAUAAAUGAUUA